AUGCAGCAGCCUCCUCCCUCUCAGAGCGGAGCAGAGCGGAGCAGCAGACGGACGGCAGCAGGAGCAGCAGCAGGAGGAGUAAUGAUGGAUGGAGACUCCUUCCUUCUAAAAGAUCAGGAGGAGCGAAGCAUGAUGGGAGAUAAAGGGGAGGUGAAGGAGCGUAAUCAUGAAGCCUCGAAGACCUCCAAGCCAGCAGGAGGCGCCAGAGCUGCACGAAUGAUCUCAGCUAAGAGUACAGAGUCAGUGGAUGGUGUCAGCAGUCCAGGAAGUCGUUCACCUGCCAGCAGGUCGUCCACUCCCAACAGAGACGUGAAGAAGGUGGCGGUGGUCCGUACCCCUCCAAGAUCUCCUGCAUCUGCUCGUGGACCAACAGUCCCCCUUCCCUCCCAUCCAAUGCCGGACCUCAGCAAUGUAAAGUCCAAGAUUGGGUCCACCGAGAACUUGAAACACACACCUGGAGGGGGCAAGGUUCACAUCGUUAACAAGAAGCUGAAUCUCAGCAGCGUUACAUCAAAGUGUGGCUCUAAAGACAACAUCCACCACAAACCAGGUGGAGGAAAUGUGGAAAUCAAGUCAGAGAAGGUGGAUUUUAAAGCCAUCCAGUCUAAAGUCGGGUCUCUGGACAAUGUCACUCAUGUUCCAGGAGGAGGGAAGAAGAAGAUUGAGAGUCACAAGCUGACCUUCAGAGAGACGGCCAAAGCUCGAACUGAUCAUGGUGCUGACAUUAUUGUCCAGGCUGACUCCUCCCCUCAUUGCCUUAGCAACGCUUCCUCCUCUGGAAGCCUUAAUGCUGCUGAUGCUCCGCCCCUUGACCACCUGGCAGACCAGGUGUCCGCCUCCCUUGCCAAACAAGGCCUGUGAUUGGAUGACCCUGUGCCUACAGACCCCAACCCUUUCUGUAACCAAGGAAACCGUCAAUGGAUAAAAGAAAAAAUAGCCUUUUUUUUCUUUCAAUCUCACAAAUCCCAUCAAUGAUUGGAGGGGUUUUAUGGAAGAGAUUCAGGCUGAACAGUUCAGUCCGCCAGGUGAGUCCAGGUGUUCAAAUAGACUGAGAUCUCAGGUUCCUCCAGACAUACAUGACCAUCAGUUUUCUGAAGACAACUUAGAACACAUUCUGGGGGCUGGGUGAAGCCAUGAGACCAGGAGCACGGGACUGGAAUUAAAGAUGGCCGUGUUCCAGCUGCAGAAGCCCAGUCAAGGCGUUCAGAGAAACGUGACCAGACACUCUGUUUUUGUCCAAGUAAAAACAUUCUUUAUCGUGUCCAUGAUCAUGGUUACAUCCACCGAUCCAGGACUUCUGUGUGCCCUGAACUGGAAUGUCCUGGUAUUUGGUUCUAGUAUCGGAUCCUGGUACCUGUUCCUGAUAACUGGCUCUGGUAUCAGGUCCUGUAUCUGAUCCUGGUAAUCAGGCCCUGGAAUCCAGGCUCUGGUAAAAGACAUUGGUAUCAAGGUCCUGUUAUCUGGUUCUGGUAUCAGGCUCUGGUAUUGGAACCUGGUGACCCUGUUCUGGUAUCGAGUUCUAGUAUCUGGGUCCUGGUAACUGGUCUUGGUGCACCAGGCCUGGAGUUCCCUCAAAGAGAUUCUGAUGAUGAGGUCUAAGAAACUUUAAGGAGGUUUCAGGUGGAUCCUGACAGGUGGGGACUUCCUGUCAUGUGAGUCUGAAGGAACCUGAGCUAGCAACAUCAUGCUAGCUGAUAACUGGCUUGAACAUCAUAAAAUCUCUCCAAUCACAUCAGACUGCAGCUAAAGUCUCUAUUUCACCGUCGGUGGUUGCUAAUGAAUCAUUGAUCCCAGAAAACCAGACCUCCAUGAAAAUUACCCAGAAUGCCAUCUGAUACCAAGUGCCAAACCUGUUUCUCUCUGCCUGUUGGCUGUUAAAGUGCUAUGUACCAAUAAAGUUUGACUCCAA